AUGAGCUCGUCGACCGGUCUCCGUUCCCGCCUCUCCACGCGCGCCGGCUCGUCCUCCUCGGUGUCGUCGGCCUCGGCGGCGGCGUCGUCGCCCCUGAUCCGGACGGCCUCCUUGCCUAAGAGGAGCAAGGAGAGGUACUGGAUUUUCCUAAAGGUCAAGGGGGAGGAUCAGGAGGUUCGUAACGUUCUGCUCGUCGUCCUCGCCGAGCACGAGGAGAUUCGGGCCUACGGACAGGGCUUCGACACGAGGGAGUACAACGGCACGGGCUUCUUCGCCUUCAAGGCCCACAAGCUCCUCAAGGAGGCGACGGCGCACGCGUGCGCCGCCGCCGCGCGCUUCUACGACGCGACGGAGGAGGAGGCCCUGGCGGCCCUGCGCUCCCUGGGGCCGCGCGGGUACGUGCGCCUCGACGGGUUCCUCGGCAUCAUCCGCCGGGGCGAGGACGGCGCGCUCACCGCGGUCAAGGCCGCGGUCGCGCGGCGCGCCAUCGACGUCGCCGCCGACGACGAGCCCGGGCCCGAGAUCGUGGAGAUCGUCGACUCGCAGCCGGGGACGGAGGACGACGACGUCGACGACGAGCCGCCGGCGUCGCCCCCGGCGUCGACGAGCCCGCGCCGCGCGCGCGCGGAGGCGGCGGUGGCGACGGUGACGCCCGUCGACGCGCGCGACACGAAGGCGCCGCGGUUGAGCGCGGCGUCGCCGGACGCGCCCCGGCCGCCGUCGCUGGCGCCGCCGCCGCUCGUGAACGGCGGCGGCGCGCCGGUGGGCGGCGGCGUCGUGCCGGGGCCCGCGGCGCUCGAGCUGGGGCAGUUCGCGCCCGCGCCGGUGCCGUACUCGCCCUGCUUCCCGCCGCCGUCGAUGCCGCCGUACGCGCCCUACUACCAGCCGACGGCGCCGCCGCCGGCGUUGCAGCAGUCCGCCGUGGACAUCGAGGCCACGGUGCGCCGCCUGAUGGCGGAGGGCCAGGCGCGCGACCGCGACCGCGACCGCGCCGACGCCGCGGUCAACGGCGGCCUGCGCGCGCAGCGCGGCGGCUUCGUGCGCAAGCGCUGCCGGUCGUGUGGACCGCGCGGCAGCGGUGCGCGCACGGGUACGCAGGGCGCGGCGGGCGACGACGACGGCGCGCCGACGCCGCCCGCGCCGGCGCCGCCGCAGCCGCCGCCGACGGCGACGGCGGUGCGCGCGGCGGCCGUGGAGCGGUCGCUGUGGGUGCUGUCGCUCAACGUCCGCGCGCUCACGGAGGAGAAGCUCCUCGUCGUGCGGCGCGCGCUCGACGAGCUUACGCGGGCCGGCCGGCGGCCAGACGUCAUCUGCCUGCAGGAGACGUGGGGCACCGAGGCCUCGGAGCGCCGCUUCGCGCUGGAGGGCUACCGCAUGUUCGCAUUCUCGCGCGGCGGCCGCGGCGCGCGGUCGCCGGGCGGCGGUCUCGCGACGUACGUGCGCAGCGAGCUGCGCGCGUGCACGCUGGAGAAGGGCGAGAGCGGCGUCGUCGUGGAGCUGCCGGACGCCGUUCCGGCCGUGCACAUCGCCAACGUGUACAGGUCGGAGCGCGCCGACCGGGAGCUGCCGGUCGGCGCGCGCUUCUUCGACUUCGUCGGCGGCGCCGUCGACCGCGCGCGCGCCGCCGGGGCCGUCGCCAUCGUCGCCGGCGACUUCAACGUCGCCGGCCUCGAGAGCACGGACCCGGCGUGGCCGCGCGCGCCGGGGCGGCUCGGGAGCGCGGUGGCGGAGCUCCCGAGGAUGCGCGCCUGGAUCGACGACCGCGGCCUCACGGUCGUCAGCGGCGCCGGCUGCUCGCCCGCGGAGGCCGUGACGCGGCGGUCGGGGGACCGCGCGUCCGAGAUCGACUACGUCGUCGUCGACGCCGGCCGUGGCGUCGACGUCGCGAAAAUAUCAACGAUCCCCGACGGCUACGACCCGACGUCGCGCGUGCAGCUCCGCGAGCACCUGGUAUUGCCCCGCGGAGAGGUGAUCCACGACGUCCCUGAGCCCAUGCGCGUGCCGAGGGAGUCCCCUACCAUCCCGGGCCCGGACCGGACCCGCGGCGUCUGCGGGAACUGCCGCUACCUGCACUACUCGAUGCCCGUUGCGCUCCCGCGAUGGCCGGCCGGGCCCGGCCAGGGCCCGCCAAGAUCCUAA